UUUCUAUGGUGAAUGAGGAGAGCGCGCCAGCACCUGCACACAACACUACUUGGCCAGCCAAUGAUUGGCCAAUACCCAGAACAUUUCUCUUCCCCCAAAUUCAAAAACCAGUAGGGACUUACCUGUAAAUUCCACCCUGCUGACACCAAAGCGCACACUCACUCACUCAUUUAAGCCCCUCUUUCAUUCAUCACUCCUCACUCAGCAAUUUGGUGGAACGCUUAUGGGUUUCCAAGCCACGUAGAGGCUGAGGCGGUGUCGGAUUCCAAAACCCACCUCUUAUCAACAAUUUAUAAAGUGGGAGGGUUACGGGUUUAGCUCUGCAUGCUCUACAUUUAUCACAAAACCCCUAAUUUACUCGUACUUUUUGUGUCUAUAUAUAUCAUCGGCAUUUUGGGUUGGGUCUGUAUUUGCAUCCCCUUGUGUUUUCUUUGCAAUCUUUAGGGUUUUUUGGUUGUGGGUUUGAAAAUUUUCUAAAGGGUUUCUAGGGUUAAGUUCUGAUCAAUGGCUGGUUCAUCUUCUCCAAUGAGACAACUUGAAGCAGAUCUCAUAGAUGCUGGGAAUAAGCUUCUUAUGCCCCCAUCUUCGAUUUAUGAGCUCCUGAGUCUUCUUGAUAAAGUAGAGCAUCUUUUAUCCAGAGUGGAUCAAGCUCCUUGCAGAUCAAUGCAAGAUGCUCUACUGCCAGUAAUGAAGGCGCUGAUUUCUCAGGAAUUACUGAGGCAUUCUAAUCUCGAUGUGAAGGUUUCAGUUGUCUCAUGUAUAAAUGAAAUUACAAGAGUAACAGCGCCUGAUGCGCCUUAUGACGAUGACCAAAUGAAGGAAAUUUUCAAAUUAACAGUAAUGGCGCUUGAGAAAUUGUCUCUUGCUUCUGGUCACUGUUAUACAAAGGCUGUGUCCAUUCUGGACACUAUUGCAACGGUCAGAUCAUGCUUGGUGAUGCUGGACCUUGAGUGUGAUGAGCUAAUUGUUGAGAUGUUUCAUCUAUUUCUCAACACCAUUAGGUCCGACCACCCCCCUUCUGUAUUCUCUGACAUGGAGACAAUUAUGACCUUAGUCAUAGAAGAAAUUGAGGAAAUUUCCUUGGAGCUUUUAAGACCUCUUCUAAGUAGUGUGAAAAAGGAAAAUCAGACUGUUUCACCUCUUUCUUGGAAACUGGGAGAAAAUGUGUUUAAAAAGUGUGCUGACACACUCAAACUGUAUCUCCCUCAAGCAGUGCAAUUCAUGCGCAUCGAUCUGAAUGAUUAUGCUGAAAUAGUCUUUUCUAUUUGCCAGGAUGCAUCUGAAAAGGAACAUACGGAGGCUAAAGAGCCUGCACCAGAUGCUGUGUGUCCUGGAGGGGCUGGUCCAUCUGUGGAUGGGACAUCUAGGUCUGUUAUGAAUGAAAGCACUGCUCAAAUGAGGGGCACUGACAUUUCAGGGGAUGAGGAGUCUUCGAAAACAUUAGGGCGUUGUAAAGGCAAAAGUAUUGAUGCAAGGAGCAGUGCCCAUUCUGAUUAUUUGGACUCUACAAAGGCAGUGGAUCUGGAAACAGAACCAGAUUUAGUUCCAAAGAAAAGGGGUAGGAAACCUAAUUCUUUGAUUAAACCGGAAGAGGGCUAUGACUGUUCCUGGCUUAGUGGAGGAAGAAAAGCUCUACAAUCACCACGUCACAAGAAGAAACAUUUAAAGAAAGUUGGCAGUUCUUCUAAAUGCCUAGCUGCCACAGAGGCAGAUCAAACAGAAACUGGAAAAGAGACUAGAACUCAGGUUUCGCCUAAAACAUCACAUUGUGACAACAUAAACGUUUCCCCAUCUCAGAAUCAUAGCUCUCCUGAUGGAAGUCUUCAUACAAAGGGUCGACCAAAGAAGAAAGGGAGAUUGAUGAAUCAGGAUGGUGAUCGGGGUUUGUUGUUGGUGCCAGAGAGAGAUUUGAGUCCUAGGGAGAAAUCUUCACAGUCUGCACAUGUCACUUCGAUAAAGGAAUCUGAAGUUAGAAGGGAUUUGAAAGAGAAACCUGAGAGGGGCUCAAGGAAGGAUGCAGUUGCUGCUAAGACUAACGUGCAAACAAUUCAAACUCUGGGCACUGUAGUUGUCAAGGAAGAUGCGGUUCCUAGUGAUUCUAAAGGAAAGCAAGAACUAUCUGUGCCACAGGUUGGUAAGAAACAGAGUAGUGGCAAUACUAUUUCUAGGAAGCAUGUCUCAAAAGAAUCUAGUGGCAAGAUGGUUUCAUUUUCUCCAAUCGAAUCAUUGAAUAAAGGUGAAAGUCAAUUUGAAGGAGCUUCUAAGACAAACUCCAAGAGGAAGCGUACUCCACAGAAGGAAGAGGUUUCUGAAAUGCCUGGCGAUACCAAAACUAACGGUGAAGAACUGGUUGGUUGCAAGAUAAAAGUUUGGUGGCCAUUGGACAAUGUGUUUUAUGAAGGCGCUAUUUAUUCAUUUGACCCUAUAGAAAAGGAGCACAGGAUUUUGUAUGCUGAUGGUGAUGAAGAAAAAUUGGAUCUCACCAAGGAACGUUGGGUUCUGCUUGGGAACAGCACUUCGCCUGAGCAACUGGGUGCUUCACCUAAUUCGGGGCAAGUGACUGAUCUUCCAAGCUCAGAUGCUUUAUCUGAUAGGCCACGAAAAAAGAAAGCAAAAACAAAGUCUCAGUUUUCAACAAAGCAAGAUAAUGUUGUCUCUUCAUCAAAAAGGUUUUCUAGCAGUGGAGGAGCUUCUGGUGGAAAAUCUAAAGUUGAAGGCCCAAAACAUGGCAGCAAAUCCGUAGAUGGUUCUACUUGUGACACCUUGUGCAUUGUUGAUAAGGUGGAGGGUGACAGAUCUGAAACAUUUGACAAACUGAAGGAUAAUGAGAGGCAAAAAUCUGAUGGCAAGUCAAAAACUGCAAAUCCUAAGACUGUUAAGAAGUCCAGGCAUGACAGCUCCCGGAGUUCCAAGAGUGAGAACAUACAAAUUGUUGGUGAAUCCCAUGCUUCUGCUACAACCAAACAGAAAAAUGUACGGUCUGAGGAAGAUUUGAGUGGAGAUGUGGGAAAAGGGAAAUCGCCAGAUUCAGGUGACGCCCAAGAAAGUGAGAAGAGAAGUGUAAAAAAGCAACAAAGAUGGGACAAAAGCUGAGAAUUUUCUCACUUCUUCGAGUCUAUUGUACAGGAAAGGUGCCUUGUUAUAAUCCAGUGUUGUUUCAGGUACAUAUGAGAUUACCUUACCCAUAUUCUUGGUCGAGUUGAGUAUAUAUACCGUUUUUUGGCUCAAAAUGAAUUUUGGUUGCUGACAAGCUUAUGUGUUUGAGGACCCUAGGAUCUGUCAAACUUGCAGUUGGUAAAUUUUCUUUUUGGGGGAAAGUAGUAGUUGGUUGGUAAGUUAUGUGAUCAUUAAGGGUUUGGGGCAUUUUCUUUAGUUCCCGACAGAUGAUCUGUUUUGGCUGUUGAGCUGUUGUAAUUAAUUUGGUGGCCUAAACUAUAUUGUAAUGAAUUUUAUGUAUAGUAUGGAUGGGCCUUAUGAUUGUCAUGCUGCCCAAAGCCAAAGUUUUGUCAUGA